AUGCUGCUGCAGGCGUUGCUGUGCCUGGGGGCUUGGAUGAAGAGCAGCGCGCAGUGGCGCAUGCCAUACUGCGUGGUCCUGGUUGCCUACAUUCAGCGUGGUCUCCUGCGGGCGCAGGCGCUGUCUUUCUUCAUCACUGGACGAAAGAAGCACCGUUCGACUGCCUUAGCCUCACUUCGCGGCUUUCUGCCAGAGAGCGAGGUGUGGAUUGUGGAGGGCGCGGAAGAAGAGGCCAACGCUUCCUUGCACUUGCAAGCGCACGCGGCCGAGGCGGUGCGCUGUCGACUUGCAGCUGUGCUGGCUCGCAUUGACAAGCUCGACGAGCGCAUUGACUCGGUGGGCGCCGCAGAGGCAGCUGCGUUGCCGCUGCACGCCGAACGGGUGCAAACCCUUUUCGUGGACUACCUGUGGCGCAAGUACGAGGAGACAUCGAAAGCGCUACGCGAGGUGAAGGUUGCGGUGCUCACCGCUGAUAUGGCGCGAAAAUGCCUCUCGAACACGCCCAGCUGGCUGCGAGAUCGACAGCUGGACGUGCUCGUCCAUGACGAGAUCGAGAACGCCGAGCUCCUGGAGGUGCUAUCGCUCGGAAUCCAUUUCAAGAGUGUCAUCACUGCGGGAGACAACCACCAACGAUUGGAGAAGCCAAGGGCAAGGCCCCUUCUUCCAGCAAGUGAUACCGACUGCGGCCCCUCAAAUGAGUUCAACAACGCGCACCUGCCACCUUCCUAUUGCGCGGUGUCUGACUUCCUGGAAGCCUGCGCGAACAACGUCCAAAUCAAGUCAACGUGCCGUUUUGGCCGCGAUGUCGCCCGUCUCCUCACGGCAGCUGAGCUUUACAAGGAUGAUGAACUGCGAUGCCGUAGCGGACACGCUACAGCUGUGCACCUGAUGGGCUUGGAAGGGUGCCUGUGGGAGACAACGCAGCAGCCUGCAGAGCCGGGGAGUGUAAGCUGCGUCUUCGGGCAUUUCCUGUUCCAGACGUUUGCAGCGGACAGUGACAGCACCAUAGCCGUGCUCUUUCUGUACCGGGCCAGCGUCGACAUCUUCGCCUGCUGGAUGGAGCGGCUUUCAGAAGAGCACCGCGCGCGAGUAGUUGUCGGCACGCCUGAUUCCGUGCAGGGAGACACGUACGACAAGGUGGUGGCUCUGUGCCUGCAGCGCCGCUUUCCUCACGAGAAGUUCCAGUCGCUGAUCACAGACGUGCUUCGCGUGGAUGAGGAGAUGCUGGGCAAGGUCUUAGCCAGGCUGGGACUUGAGGACCCGGCGAACCUAUGGCCCCUGGGCGGGUGGCCAUGCGAUCGGCGUGACCCGCAAUGCGGGCAUGAGGCAGCUUCGGACUUCAUGAGCCGGCCUGAUCUGUGGCUGCGGCGGUGGCGAAGCAUGGACUGGCACUAUGCGCCAAGAGCUGUGCCAGGGGAGCCCGAAGGCGGGGGUGCAGCUGGCUUUGCUCGACCCCUGCUAGUGCCUCUUCUGCCACUGGUGUGCUACGGGCACCACGCUGUGUUCGUGCCAGUCAGCUUCGUGCUGCCAGGGGAGGCGGUGUCCUACGAGGAACAUGGCCUGGCGGACAUCAUGCAUGACCUCUGCUCCAAAACAGCGCAGAGCUGUGGCGACGUCGAGCACGUCACCCGGCACCACAAACUGCGGGCUGAGGAUGUCGGCGGAGCCACGUAUUACGCCCAGGCCUGCGCCAGCGUGCGCACGGCGCACAUCCUCUUGGCCAACGGGCAGUUGGCGCUGAAGGUCUACCACGGAUGUGGGACCGACCUUCAGAGGGGCGAUGUGGCAAGCCUUGUGGUCUGCAGCAACAGGCUGGACAUCCUGGCGCAAUUUUUGCGCUGGCUGCUGGCCCUGUCUGACCAAGUAAUUCAUUUCGUGGCCCAGAGCAAUACGUUCAGGGCGCACGAAAACUUGGGCGCGCUGAUGCACCCCGCGCUUCAGUGGCAGCAGCUGGAGCCUGGCGUGCAUGUAGCGCACGUGGUGCGAUAG